AAGCACAACAAUUUUAUCUGUGGAGUACAUCGCUGUUAACUAAUUAUUUCCAAAUAUCUUUACCAAGGACCAAACCUAUGAAUAGAAUCUUCCUAGGUAAAAGCUAGACCAUGAAAUUCUAAAUGAAUUUCUGAGCAACAACCAUUCCUUGGCCAACAGCGAUUUUUGCAGUGUUCUCUGUUGGACACGCUUUUCAAUUUUGCGCAAACUUUUUGCUUGUAAUUUAACAAAAAACAUAUUUGAAAGAGUCUAGAAAUGGUUUUCCAAUUAGGAUUUCGAAUACAGGGAUAUGUCCAAAUAAACGGUGAACUCUACCUUUCCAGGCAAUAGCGGCGAUGUGGCUCCACGGCCAGGAGCCGUGCUCACCCGGCUCCCAGGCAGUUCCCGCACCUGCCUCGUUACGCCUGUAGUUAUCAUUGCCAUGCCCAGAAAAAAGCUUCAAAAAUUUUCUGAACUGUAGCCCUAUUAUUUGUAUUUUGCAGCAAAAUCGCCCUCCUUUUACGUAUUACUAAACCCUCUUUCCCCUCUUUUCAUCGCUUGUGUAAGGAUAAAAGCUGAGGAUUCUUUUACCUCACAAAGGUAUAAGAGGAAUAUGAGAUGUUAAAGUCGCUAUGGAGACCAUAGCGUAAAAUGACGAAAGGGCACAGGAAGAUGAUAAUGGAACGCGCCGCCACACUCGGAAGGCCAACAUUGUUCGGGCCGUUAAGGCGGUUGGCGGCAACCCUCCGCCCAGCGGCGGUUGCGUCGCAGCGCGGAGCGUGCCUCGGCGCACGCUCCCUCUGCGCUCCUCCACUCACGGCGCCCGGGACGCGAACGACCGCGCCGCGCGGCGGAACUACCCCUCCCAUGAGGCUGCGCGCGGCCGAGCUCUACAAUAGAAGCGCGGUUGGAGAGGCCUGUGGAGACUGCCUGGGAACUGCCGCUUCCGGCAUGUUCGGCUCCGGACGAGGACCGGCCGACCAGUGGAGGGGGGAGGAGAGACUCCAAUGCCCAGCGGGCCAUGCGCGGGUGGCGCUUGCGCGAUGCGCGGACGGGGGGGCGGUCGGGCCAUUUAAAUGUGUGUUUGUGGGUGAAAUGGCUGCGCAGGUCGGAGCGGUGCGCGUAGUACGGGCGGUGGCGGCGCCGGAGGAGCCGGACAAAGAGGGGAAGGAGAAACCCCAUGCUGGGGUCUCGCCGCGGGGAGUGAAGCGGCAGCGCCGAGCAAGCAGUGGGGGGUCUCAGGAGAAGGGGGGGCGGCCGAGCCAGGACCCCCCUCUCGCUCCCCCUCACCGGCGGCGUCGCAGUCGCCAACAUCCCGGGCCGCUGCAGCCAACGAAUGCAGCCCCAACAGUCCCGGGCCCUGUUGAGCCUCUGCUCCUGCCGCCUCCACCGCCACCUUCUCUGGCGCCCGCCGGGCCCGCUGUCGCUGCCCCACUGCCGGCCCCGGGAACCUCGGCCCUCUUCACCUUCUCGCCCCUGACGGUGAGCGCGGCCGGGCCCAAGCAUAAGGGCCACAAGGAGCGGCACAAGCACCAUCAUCACCGCGGCUCCGAUGGUGACCCCAGCUCCUGCGUUCCGGGUGAUCUCAAGCACAAGGACAAACAGGAAAACGGCGAGAGGACUGGAGGGGUGCCUCUGGUCAAGGGCCCCAAGAGAGAAACACCAGAUGAAAAUGGUAAAACCCAGAGAGCUGAUGAUUUUGUCUUGAAGAAAAUAAAGAAGAAAAAGAAAAAGAAACACCGAGAAGACAUGCGAGGAAGACGCCUUAAAAUGUACAAUAAGGAAGUACAAACCGUCUGUGCUGGCCUGACUCGCAUCAGUAAAGAAAUUCUCACCCAAGGACAAGUAAAUAGCACUUCAGGAGUUAAUAAGGAGUCCUUCAGGUAUCUGAAAGAUGAACAGCUGUGCCGAUUAAAUUUGGGCAUGCAAGAAUAUCGGGUACCCCAGGGAGUACAAACACCUUUUAUGACUCACCAGGAACAUUCUAUUCGUAGAAAUUUCUUAAAAACAGGUACUAAAUUUAGCAACUUUAUUCAUGAGGAACACCAGUCCAAUGGUGGUGCUCUUGUCCUUCAUGCUUAUAUGGAUGAACUCUCAUUUUUGUCUCCAAUGGAGAUGGAGAGAUUUUCUGAGGAGUUUCUUGCUUUGACAUUCAGUGAAAAUGAGAAAAAUGCUGCUUACUAUGCUUUAGCAAUAGUGCAUGGAGCGGCUGCUUAUCUUCCAGACUUCUUGGACUACUUUGCUUUUAAUUUCCCCAACACUCCAGUGAAAAUGGAAAUUCUGGGCAAGAAAGAUAUUGAAACAACAACCAUUUCAAAUUUUCACACUCAGGUCAACAGGACGUACUGCUGUGGCACCUACCGAGCAGGUCCUAUGCGGCAGAUAAGUCUUGUUGGAGCAGUAGAUGAAGAAGUUGGUGAUUAUUUCCCAGAGUUCCUUGAUAUGUUAGAAGAAUCACCAUUUCUGAAAAUGACUUUGCCCUGGCUCUUUCCAGCCUCCGACUUCAGUGUAGGUCCCAGAGUGACGAUGGGCCUAUAAUGUGGGUAAGGCCAGGAGAGCAGAUGAUCCCUACAGCAGAUAUGCCAAAGUCACCCUUCAAAAGACGACGAUCAAUGAAUGAAAUUAAAAAUCUCCAGUACCUACCUCGGACUAGUGAACCCCGUGAAGUCCUCUUUGAAGAUAGGACAAGAGCUCAUGCUGAUCAUGUAGGUCAGGGGUUUGACUGGCAGAGUACGGCUGCUGUUGGGGUUUUGAAAGCUGUACAGUUUGGUGAAUGGAGUGACCAACCUCGCAUAACCAAAGAUGUGAUUUGUUUCCAUGCGGAGGAUUUUACUGAUGUUGUACAGAGACUUCAGUUAGACCUUCAUGAGCCGCCAGUUUCCCAGUGUGUACAGUGGGUGGAUGAAGCUAAACUAAACCAAAUGAGGCGGGAAGGCAUUCGUUAUGCUAGAAUUCAGCUAUGUGACAAUGAUAUCUACUUCAUCCCUAGAAAUGUCAUUCAUCAGUUCAAAACAGUGUCAGCAGUGUGCAGCUUAGCCUGGCACAUAAGGCUUAAACAGUACCACCCUGUUGUAGAAGCCACACAAAACACAGAAAUCAAUUCUAACGUGGACUGUGGUUUAACUGGAAAGCGAGAAUCAGAAGUUGGCUCCCAAUGUGUGAGGAUAAAAACUGAAUCUGAAGAAACGUGCACGGAGAUACAGCUUUUGACAACUGCUUCAUCAUCCUUCCCACCUUCAUCAGAACUUAAAAUACAGGAAGAUCAGAAAACUCAGCCUAUUCCAGUUUUAAAAGUGGAAAGUAGACUGGACACUGACCAGCAACACAAUCUGCAAGAACAUUCAAGCACUCCUGUGUGAUAUGUACAUAUUCAAACACAUUUUUUAACUUUUUUAAAUUUUGAUGUGAAGUUAUAGUUUUAUAACUGGCUUAAGUUAAGUUUUAUUGGAGAAAUCUUGCCUAUAAUUCUAUAAAGAGAAAUGACAUUCCACAAAUGUCAAGCAUAUCUUUUUUACACAGAUUAUGCAAAGUUAAGAGUUGUAUCUUAUCCCGUUAGUACAGUAUGUAAUAGUGGGUCUGCUGCUACUUUCUGUUUAAAGGUGUGAGGUAAAAAUUCAAUCUCUUCUUCAAAUCAAAACAAGAAUUCUCUGGAAUAACAUUCUUAUUUGGUAAAUUAUUCACCUCCCUUAAUUUUAUCUUGCCUUCUCUCUUGCCAUAUAUGCUGUUUUUAUGAUAGAAGAUCAGAUUUAUGGUUUAGUACUUGUGUCUUUAUGACACAGAUUCCGUUGCUACAGUAAAAAUGGCAUAGGUUGCAGGAAAGAGUUCCAGUCUCUGGUAACAAGGGCAAGUAAGUUAUUUAUUAAUAGUUCUAACCACAAAGAACAAGUGGUUUCUAAGGAAAAUUCAGUGGCUCUCUGGUUUUUUAACAAAGAGAAAGCACAGCACUUUCUGAUCUAAACUGUCUUUUUUGUAUCUGUUAUUUAAAGCCCAAUGGAUAUUUCAAUUAAAAAAAAAAAACUAAAGAUGAAUAGUCUUUGGUCAUUCAUUAUCCAUGGUUCAUUAAUCUCUUCUAGGAUAUAUGGUAACUGUGGAAAAUAUUUCGGGUAAAAGAGAUAAUGUUGACAUGCUACUCUAUUGUUCUGCUUCCUAGCAUCCUCACAUUUUGUGUGGAUGGAUGCUUUUGCUUCCUAAAUUGAUCACAACUAUCAAACUUAGAAUGAUAUCAAUCUUACUGAUGAGGCUGCCGUAUUUCGAGCGUCAGACCUAGGAAAACUAUUCUUGUCACUUGGCAUUAACCUCAUCAUGACAAAUAUCUACUAUGGAGACACUUACUUCACAGUUUUAACUAGUAAAUACGUGGGUUUAUUUACUGUUACUCUGUUGCCAUUCUCUAAUAAAGAAUAUGGCACUGGACUUCAUCCUAGAGUUUCAGGUAGCCUAAUGUUUAGUGCCUGAAUAUUUACAUUUUUUUUUUUUCCCAAACAGGCACGGUUGAUAGAACUAGUGUGUUCUUAAUUUUCUAUUAUUUUAGAACAUAAACGUGAUACACAUUACACCUUUUGUUAGUUAAUAAUACAACAGGCCAUUUGUUUAUUAAAGGAAGAGUACUCCCCACACCUAAGACCAGAUUCUUGUGUCUACCUGGUUACAGUGCAAUUUGGAGAUUUUUUUUUUCCUGGAUGGUGAGAUUUGAAGUAUUUACAUUAACAUAGGCAAAAAAAAAAAAAAAAAAAAAAGAUGCUGCUUCAUUAUGUCUGUCACCAUGAAAACUUAGCUGCAUCUUUUGAAAUAUCAAAUAUGAAUUUUCUCUAAAAUAUUCUGAAAUAGGUUAAAUUUUAUAUAAAUAUUACUUUGUGCAAUAUUGUUGUGUAGUUAAAUGCAUAUUAGCAGAGUAUAGAGGUCACUGUGUAAACCGAUAGAAAAGUAACCAUCAGCAAAUACUGCAGUGAUUAGUUAGAAUCUGUAUUAUUCCUUAUAUAUAUGUAUAUGUAUGUAUUCUCUGUUACAAAGGAUGAAUAGGGAAACAUUUCAUUGUAAACCAUUUAUGAAUUGGAAGUGAUGUUGGUUUUAGUUAUCUUUGUAAAUAAGGUUAUUAGAAUGGUAUGAAAGGUAAUGUGAUUAUUGAAGGGGUGUUUUUAAAUCUUGGGUAAAAUUCUAGGGUAAAUUCUAGUUUAUCAAGACUAGUUUUUAAGGGACCUGCCUUUGAGGGUGUUUUUUGUUAUUUUGUGGGGGAGGGAGUUAAUCACAAAGUGUGUGGGUUUGGGUUAUUUCUUGUUUUUGUUUUUGUUUUUGUUUUCUGUCCAGAAGAAUUUCAUAGAGCUUUACCAGGCUGUGCAAAGUAAAAUUCUUCUCAGGCAACAUUUGCUUUUUAAAAUAAUCAUGAAGAGCAAGGUUGUUAAAGCAAAAAGUUUUUAUUUUUAUUUUUCCUGUCUUCCAAGAUCCCAUUUCCCCAUCUCCCACUUGCCAUCCAGCAGAUGCCAUCUGUCAUCUAAGCUGGUCAUUGCUAAUAAACAAGGAGACUGUCUCCUGACAGCCAGCACUGUGUAUAAUCACUCAGGAACCAGCGGAUCUGCAAAGACCUACAAUCAAAAGCAAAUCCCCAUUUUCCUUUUAUAAAACAUUCUACCCUCACCUCCAAUAUAAACAUAUUAAAAGAAUAUAAAAAUGUUUAAAAUCAUGUACUAAUAAAUUAAUUGUAUGUUAGAAUUGCAAUAGAAUGGAGAGAAACAUUUAGCUAGUAAUGUAUCUGGAAACUCUGAAUGUCCUAUGUGAGUGAGUAUUAGAUUUUAAUAGCAUGCUUUAAAGACUGAUGAAUAUAAAAAUCAGAAGUUUUGAGUUUCUUGCUGCUUUCAAAGCUGUAUCGGAGUUUAGUGAUACAAAUGAUUGCAAUUUUUCUAAACAUUAAAAUAUUUGGUUUGGUGCAGUGAGGCAUGGCGCAAUCUGGCGUCUUCUGAUUUGUAAAGUAGUGAUGGCAGUGAAGUUAUAACUGAAAUUUAAGCUGAUCUUCCUUUUUGAUAUAUUAUCUGUUGUGCCAACUUUUGAGAUUACUUGCAGAACGUGGCUGUGAGUUUUAGUAUUUUGUGGAGCAGAGGGAUUUUUAAAACAAUGUGCUAUGGAAAAGACCCAAUAAAUGAAUAUUCCUUAGUUAAGUGGAAAGACUUUAUGGUAUUCAUUUAAAGGAAUAAAAGUCUUCCCCCUGCCCGAGAAAUCAUUCUCUAAUUACCAGGAUAUGCUAGGAGUAGGAUUAUGAUUCAAAGAGGUAUCCCAAUUUCACAAAGCAAUAAUAAUGAAAACCUAUACUUUAGUUCUCCCCUCCAAAAUUUUAAUUAAAAAUGAAUUGCUAGGCUUAAUUUUGUACUUUUAAAUUGCUUAUUCAGUACUUAGAGUUUAACUGGUACUUUUAUUAUUUUUAAAGACUUUUGAAGUGUCCUUUUCCCUUACAGACAGUUGGAAUAUCAGUUGACUAAUAUAAGCUCUUGUAGGAGGAAAAAGGAGCUAAUUAAGUAAAAUUCUUUCUUAAACUUUAGGAAAAGAUGUCUUGCAUCAGUCUUAAUAGGCAUAAAGAUCACACUUAAUGACUUGGAGAAACUUUUGCUUAUUGCCUUUCCCUAUAUAAAUAUUAUUGUCUAGAAUGAAUGCUAAUAUAGGAACAAAACUCCAAAGUCCAUGAAAACCCUUAGUGACUAUAUUCUUGAUCAUUAAUAUUAGCCCCUAAUUUUUUCACCUGUAUUUGCCAUUAAAGAUUUAUUUGCAUUUAUACCUUAGGAUAAUUGCGUUUUGUCUCUUUCAAAUAAGUCUGUUUUAUCAUUGCUCCUGGUUUUUAUAAAAAGAACCUUACACUAGCAUAUGCCAGAGGUUCACAUUUGUGCAAAGUUUUAUGUUUUUUAAACAGGUUGUAACUGUAUUUAUUGGUCAUGCAAGUAGAGGAAAUGCACAAUACAAAUGUUUUUCUUUAGCACAUAAGGGACCUAUCUUCAUCUUGGAAGUUUGUUGCUUUAAAAGCAAGUAUCUCUCCAUAAAUAUUAUGGCCUUCCAUUUUCUUCAUACAUUUUUUAGGAUCCACUUGUGCAUGUAGUUGAGACCAUUGUCUCUUAAAAUAUAGCACUUUUCAAUUCUCUCUAAAGAAAUACUUGUGUACUACUUCUAUCACAUGUUGUAAAUUUUCAUGUAAUAGUGUUUUCUGUGACUAAACUCCAUUUUGAUUGGCAGCUAAGCCUUUUUUUCCUGUGGCUUUAAUUUAUCUAAGAGGUCUUUGCAUAUAGAUGAAAUGUAUAAUUUGCCUGGCGGACUAUUUGCGUUGUGUGGCCUUA